AUGGACCCUGCACACAAUGGCUCGCCGAACAAGGUCGAAGUUGAAAGUCACGUCGAUGAGCUUUUUAAGAACAUGAAGCUCAACGGGAACGCCAUUGACACCAGAAGCAAUGAGCCCAAGCAACGUAUGAAUCCACCACCGCGCGCAGGAACGCUGCCUCCACCACAAAACCACCGCCCAUCACGAUCCCAAGAACAACAGGAUGGGAGGGUCGAUGCACGCCCUUCGAGACCACGCCCACCUCGUGAUGAGCGUGGUCCUUUUGAAAGCCUAGAAAGACGUGAAAACCGCAGACCUCGACGCAACUCCGAAUCCUCAAUAAUUGACAAAGGCUCUCUUACUGCUGAAGAGGAACGCAGGCGACGUGAACGUCGUCGGGAACGCGAGCGCGAGAGAGGAGAUCGCGGCAAAGAUGGCAAGUCACGCGACACUCGUAGCCAACGGACUAAGAAACCUCAUGGUCUUGACACGAUCGACAAGCUUGACGCCACCGGUCUGUAUGGCGUUGGACUCUUCCAUCAUGACGGCCCGUUCGACGCUUGCAACCCUCAUCGAAACCGCAAGAAGGACCACCGCGCUCCCAUGCAAGCUUUUCCAAUGGGUUCAGCGAACAUGGCAAUGGGUGGCUCUGGUCCAGUCAACAACAAAAUUGAUAUCGAUCGGAUCCAUGGUAGACAGCCUGAUGCAUUUGGUGACUAUAAUGCUCGGACUACGGGUCAAGAUCCCUUCACAUUUCGCGCCAAACUACCUCAGAGCGAACGCUCUGCCAUCGUCAACCCAAAAGGCCUCAUCGAACCUGUUCACGGUGAAGAGACAGCUGGUCUAGGCACUUCGACCUUCUUAGAGGGCGCUCCAGCGUCAAGAUCAGCCAUGCAACGACGGGACUCAGAGAACGAAACUGCGGUGCUCCAAAGCAACGGCCUAUCGCGAAAGAAGUCACUCGCACAACGCAUCAGAGGAAUCUCACAGCCACGUCGAGGCGGAUUCGCGGAUGGCGCACCGCGUAUCGGGACAGGAGAGCCCAGAUACAACAAUGGCGUCAAUUCUCCUGAAGAGGCUAUGCCCUCUAGGACAGUUCAGAGUGCAGGAGGUAUAACUAAGGCUGGUGAACAAAAUCCGUUCUUCGAAGAUUAUGACGAUGCAUAUGAGAAGAAGGGCACGACAAUCAGAAUUGCAGAGGAUGCUAAGACUGGACGACCGCGUGCACCUAGCUCCCCAAUGCGUAACGGUCUCGAACGUAGGCUCACAUCUGACAGCGGAGAUGGUGAGGUCAAGCAGAGCGGAGGCUUUCUUGGCAGAAUGAAGUCUCUGAACCGCGGAAAGAAACGGCCAGAACGACCAGACCGGCCAGCCCCAGAGCGUCCAACGGCCUGA